UGCAGUAGUAAGUCACGUGGCCAGAGGUGAAGCACAUUGUUUCGCGGCAUGUUUCGUAUUUGUGUUGAAUGAGAAGAAAGUUGUUGUUUAUUUUUUCACAGUUGUUAUUCCCUAUUUUUAACUGGGACGGUCUUAAGCGCAUUAUAUCUGGAGAAGGUUUUUACCAGGAUAAUACAUCACCAUUUGAGGACUUUUUCCAUUUAAAGUUCAGUUUGUGUGCGUAAAUGGCUGGAAUUCUGUUUGAGGAUAUCUUUGAUGUGAAGGAUAUUGAUCCAGAUGGGAAAAAGUUUGACAGAGUAUCUCGUCUUCACUGUGAAAGUGAGUCUUUCAAAAUGGACCUGAUCCUUGAUGUGAACAUCCAGAUUUAUCCUGUUGAUCUCGGUGACAAGUUCAGACUGGUGAUCGCCAGCACGCUGUAUGAGGACGGGACGCCAGAUGAUGGCGAGUAUAACCCUCAGGAUGACAGACCGUCCAGGGCUGAUCAGUUUGAUUAUGUCAUGUAUGGAAAGGUUUAUAGGAUUGAAGGAGAUGAAACCUCAACAGAAGCAGCAACACGACUAUCGGCGUAUGUGUCUUAUGGAGGUUUGCUAAUGCGACUUCAAGGAGAUGCUAACAAUCUGCAUGGGUUUGAAGUGGACUCCAGAGUCUAUCUACUGAUGAAGAAACUUGCUUUCUAAUUGUGUCUCACUUCUGAGGACUGAGAAAACGCAUUCAUUUUUAUUAUUAUUAUUACCUUCUUCUUUCUUCUUCUUUCCCUUGAAAAACUGGUAUUGCUAAUCAUUUCUGGAAGCUGUGACCCAUGGUACAUUACAUAAAAACAAAUUAUAUAUACGUGGUUAUAUAUUGAAAUCCUACAACUGCAGUGUUUUGUCAUUGCGUCUAGUGCACAUGCACUACAUUAGCUUAACGCAUUAACUGAAUCCCUGUUAAAUCACAGUAAUGACAUCCAAGAAUAUUUUGUAUGCUUAUUUUCUUUUAAACCAUUUAUCAGUAAAUGAGAAGUUAUGUUUAUAAGCUCUGGAGGCAUUUCUUAAGUGUGAAAUACUCUAGAUACACUCCUCACAUGAGGAGGAGCUAGUAAUUUAGGCGUGGGGAAAGGGCUGUGUGAGUUUUUGGCAAACACAAAAGAAACCGGUUAAGCAAAAACAGCAAAGAUUGCAUCCCGACACAAGUGGAAAUCCAGUUUAAUUCGAUUUAAACUACAUGAACGCAGCAGUGUGUGCAACAGCGUUUGCAGUGUGAGGACUGUAAUGGAAAUCACAAGACAACUGCACAAGUGUGCAGUCAUUUGAGGGGUCUGAAUAUAAUAUUUAACCCCUGAUUAUCUCUAUAGUGUCGCAUAUGAGAGAAUUUCACAUUAUAAUUCAAAAUGUUGGCACUUUUCCUUGAAUAAGAAGCAACAACAGAGGGCUUGAAACUAAUUUUUACACCUUUUUUAGG